GGCGGGUUGGUUCCUGGCUCUUUUUUAAACGUAGAUUUUUUGUUACACCAAUAGAUAGAAUACUGGAUAAGUCAUAUUUGCCUGUUGGCAAGGAACUCACCUAGAGACGCAGAAAAUUCUCUUCUGAUGCAAUGGCCGGCGUUUCCCUCUAUUCAUCUUCUUCCUUCUCAGCUCUCUGUCUAGCUCAGAAGCAAAAACUUCACUUUUCUGUCUCUAGAGACAACCCGAAUGUCCCAUUUCUAUCUCGCUCUCUCGCUUCUCUCCGUCUCAACUCUUCUCCCAACCCGCUUCCGGUAUGCCAGCCAUUCGUUACCAGAUUCUCAGAUUCCGGGUCUUCAGUUGCUGAAUCUGAGCCCGAUUCUUCGGUUAUUAAAUCCGAACCCCAAUCUGAAACGUUAGUUUCCGAACCCCUGAAGCAGGAACCCAAGAGGGAAGAAUUAUUUGCGGUUGUUAUGGUUGGAUCCCGCCAAUAUAUUGUCUUCCCAGGACGUUUCAUCUAUACUCAGCGACUGAAGGGCGCAAACGUCAAAGACAAAAUAAUUCUAAACAAAGUGUUAUUGGUAGGAAGCAAAACAAGCACCUGGAUUGGAAAACCAGUGGUAACUAAUGCAGCAGUUCAUGCUGUGGUUGAGGAUCAGUUAUUGGAUGAUAAGGUUAUUAUAUUCAAAUAUAAGAAGAAGAAGCACUACCGAAGGAAAAUUGGUCAUCGACAGCCAAUUACACGAUUAAGAAUAUUAUCUAUUGCGGGGUAUGAAGACUAUCCUGCUGUGACACUUUCAGAUAUUGAACCCAUUAAAUGACAAAUUAUUACAAUGGGUUUUCCCUUGAACUUGUCUGUUUUGUUCCUUUGAACGUAUGUAGUUAUUACAUUACUAUCAUAUGGAUAUAUAGGCUAAUUUGGGAUCCCUUCUGGACUUCCUAGAGAGUAGUUCGACAAUGUUCACACUUAGGCUUAGAGCGGCACUAUCUUGUGUUGAGGUUGUUGUAUGGGUUCCUAAUGUAUGUGAUUGAUAACGUUAUAAUCAAUUUUUUUGAGGCUCUGAGCCUCUGAGUGGCUUUAUUGGGACCAAAUUGUGCCAUUA